AUGCAGUACAGUUCCAAGGUCAUGCAGUACAGUUCCAAGGUCGUACAGUACAGUUCCAAGGUCAUGCAGUACAGUUCCAAGGUCAUGCAGUACAGUUCCAAGGUCAUGCAGUACAGUUCCAAGGUCAUGCAGUACAGUUCCAAGGUCGUACAGUACAGUUCCAAGGUCAUGCAGUACAGUUCCAAGGUCAUGCAGUACAGUUCCAAGGUCAUGCAGUACAGUUCCAAGGUCAUGCAGUACAGUUCCAAGGUCGUACAGUACAGUUCCAAGGUCAUGCAGUACAGUUCCAAGGUCAUGCAGUGCAGUUCCAAGGUCAUGCAGUACAGUUCCAAGGUCGUGCAGUACAGUUCCAAGGUCAUGCAGUACAGUUCCAAGGUCAUGCAGUACAGUUCCAAGGUCAUGCAGUACAGUUCCAAGGUCAUGCAGUACAGUUCCAAGGUCGUGCAGUACAGUUCCAAGGUCAUGCAGUACAGUUCCAAGGUCAUGCAGUACAGUUCCAAGGUCAUGCAGUACAGUUCCAUGGUCAUGCAGUACAGUUCCAAGGUCGUGCAGUACAGUUCCAAGGUCGUGCAGUACAGUUCCAAGGUCGUACAGUACAGUUCCAAGGUCGUGCAGUACAGUUCCAAGGUCAUGCAGUACAGUUCCAAGGUCGAACAGUACAGUUCCAAGGUCGUGCAGUACAGUUCCAAGGUCAUGCAGUACAGUUCCAAGGUCGUACAGUACAGUUCCAAGGUCGUACAGUACAGUUCCAAGGUCAUGCAGUACAGUUCCAAGGUCAUGCAGUACAGUUCCAAGGUCAUGCAGUACAGUUCCAAGGUCAUGCAGUACAGUUCCAAGGUCAUGCAGUACAGUUCCAAGGUCAUACAGUACAGUUCCAAGGUCAUGCAGUACAGUUCCAUGGUCAUGCAGUACAGUUCCAAGGUCAUGCAGUACAGUUCCAAGGUCAUGCAGUACAGUUCCAAGGUCAUGCAGUACAGUUCCAAGGUCAUGCAGUACAGUUCCAAGGUCAUGCAGUACAGUUCCAAGGUCAUGCAGUACAGUUCCAAGGUCAUGCAGUACAGUUCCAAGGUCAUGCAGUACAGUUCCAAGGUCGUGCAGUACAGUUCCAAGGUCGUGCAGUACAGUUCCAAGGUCGUACAGUACAGUUCCAAGGUCAUGCAGUACAGUUCCAAGGUCGUACAGUACAGUUCCAAGGUCAUGCAGUACAGUUCCAAGGUCAUGCAGUACAGUUCCAAGGUCAUGCAGUACAGUUCCAAGGUCGUACAGUACAGUUCCAAGGUCAUGCAGUACAGUUCCAAGGUCAUGCAGUACAGUUCCAAGGUCGUACAGUAA